AUUUCCUUCCUCACAAGCGAGGGACUCGACAUCGUCUUUUUCCAGGGUACAUCUUCCAUUUCCGCCUUCUGUCCAGGAGGAAUUCCAAAAGGUUCUCUGUUUUGAGCAUGACUAAGAAGCAUGAAUUUACUUUUCUAUGGAGUUUAUCACAUGAAGGAGAUUGGGAAUUUACCCCAUGCAUAUCUGGGGGAAAUUGCAUAAUUACGAGAAACAAUUUUACACAACAUUGCACAAAACCUGCCAUUAAAGUGGUCACAAAGAAGCAAUAACACACAUCUUUUUACUUUCAGGUUUUCAGCAGCAAUGCAUUUCUGAUAUCACUUUAUUUGCACAAUUGUGUGUGCUAAUCAUUUGCGCAGUAACUCGCCAUUUUCGCUUUAUUUGCGGGAUGCUUUAAUCUCUCUUUAAUGCUGAAAUUAGCCCCAGUGUGAUAAACUCCUAUGACUGUUUUUAGCUUUUGUUUUGUAAUCUCAUCCCUUUUUUUGUUAAAGGCCCUACGUUUUGUGGUGCCUGGCCCUGCUUUGCACUGAGGACAUCUGGUCACCCUGCUCACAGACUGCCUCUUUGGUUGAAAAGGGCCAACUGGGGCUGGACAGCAUGGAGAGCCAAAGGCAAGAACUGGGGCGAGCAAAGAGGAGCAUUAAGGUGCUCUUUCUGGCUGUUGCACUGCUCCACUUAAUGCCUCUUUGGAACCAAAGUGACUUGGCAGAAAGUGAAAACAAGUGGAAACCUGAGAUGCUUUGAUCUGGCUGCUUCCCUGCUCUGACGCCUGUUAUCCUGGCCUCCUUUAACACUGAUCUGGCUUCAAGGCUGGCUUCCAGCUGCUUGCUUGCUUGCUUCUGCAGAUUGCUCUCUUCAGCCCCACAGACUGCAGUGAACAGGGCGCGGCUGAUGGUGCAAGCAACUUUCGGAGACAGAAUUCUGAUGCUGAUGCUCGGAAGAGCGUGGGAUCUGGUACAUUUCCCCUAUUGUUUUUAGCCCCUACAGGUUGGUCCACAUUAGUGGUGGUGGUGGUUGUAUUUUUUUUUUAAGCAUUAACACCUAGCUCCUCUAAAAAGGAACAGAGUUUACCAGGCUCUGGUGACAUCUGCAAGGCCGGAAGAAUAACAGGCUAAUCAUUAAAAAUGUCCUCAGAUGUUACAAGACAAGUAGGAGUGUGGCGACAAACUAGAGCACUCUUAUACAAGAACUGCCUAGUUAAAUGGAGGACUAAAAAAAUUAGCAUACAGGAAGUCCUGAUUCCAAUUACCUUGUUAGGUUUACUAAUAAUAAUAAGCAUGAUACAGCCAAACAAAAGACAUGAUGAAGUGCCCGAUUCAAAUCUUCCCAAUCGUUCCAGAUAUGUUAAUUUCAUUUUUGGCUACACAUCAGGGAAUGAUACAACAAGAAAAAUAAUGCACAAACUGUUUUCAGAAUACUGCAUGGAAGGAAAAGAUGCCGUAGAAUUUUUGAGUGAGGAAGAAAUGGAAGAGGCUAGUCUCCAAAGCUCAGAAAAAUUUGUAGGCAUAAUUUUCAAUGACUCCAUGUCCUAUCAUCUCAAAUUUUCAUCGGGACUUCUUCCAUCAUCUUCAAUUCAUGUGAAAUCAAAGACCAGCUGUUCAAGCUCUUCUCCAAACUGUGAAGCUAAUGCAUACUGGGAAUAUGAAUUUGCAGCACUGCAGAUCUGUAUUGAUGCACUGCUGAUAAAGUUAAAGACCAAUCAUUCAGUUUUGGAGGAACUGGAAUCAACAAAAGCCAUCAUGAUGGGAAAGUCUGCUGUUGUGGAAACAAAUGAUUUUGUUCGCAUAGUCAUACUAACUUACCUUGUGAUUGCCUUUUCACCAUUUGGCUAUUUCUUGACCAUCCAUAUUGUGACAGAAAAGGAAAAAAAGAUGAAAGAAUUCUUAAUGGUAAUGGGACUUCAAGACACAGCUUUUUGGCUUUCUUGGGUUUUACUCUACGCCAGUCUGAUUUUUGUCAUGUCCCUUCUCAUGUCGGUCAUUGCAACAUAUUCUUCACUCUUUCCUCAAAGUAGCAGCUUUGUGAUAUUUCUUCUUUUUUUCCUAUAUGGAUUAUCCUCUGUUUCCUUUGCAUUUAUGCUAACGUCUAUUUUCAAAAAAUCAACAUAUGCUGGCUCAGCUCAAUAUUUCACAACCUUGGCUUUUGGGGCUCUAGGCCUGACCAUUGUCCUGGUGGAAGAUUUUCCAAAGUCCUUUAUAUGGUCAUUGAGUCCACUGUGUGAGUGCACGUUUUUAGUUGGCAUUUCACAGGUUAUGCAUCUGGAAGAUUAUGAAAACGGAGCUGUUUUCUCAAAUCUAACUCUUGGCCCAUAUCCACUCAUUAUUGCUUUAACACUAUUGGCCCUUGAUAGCACACUUUACCUACUCCUUGGGGUUUAUUUGGACCAGGUGAUUCCAGGGGAAUAUGGAUUACGAAGAAGUUUUUUCUACUUUCUCAAGCCCUCAUUUUGGAUAAAGCGAAAGAGAAAUUAUAAGGAAUUGUUUGAGAACAGCAUUAUUGGGAGCUUGGAUAUCAAUGAGAUAAUUGAACCAGUAUCUCCAGAAUUUCAAGGAAAGGAAGCCAUCAGGAUCAAUUGUGUGCAGAAAUCUUUUGUCAGAAAGGGUGAAACUGUGGAGGCUUUAAAAAGUUUAUCCUUUGACAUAUAUGAAGGCCAGAUCACAGCUUUGCUUGGACAUAGCGGAACAGGGAAAACAACAUUAAUGAACAUUCUUUGUGGAUUGUGCCCACCUUCUGAUGGAUUUGCAACAAUAUAUGGAUGUAGAGUUUCUGAAAUAGAUGAAAUGCUGGAAAUAAGAAAGAUAACAGGAGUUUGCCAGCAAUUAGAUAUAUAUUUUGAUGUAUUAACCGUGCAAGAAAAUUUAUCAAUAAUUGCCUCAAUUAAAGGCAUACCUCCCAAUGAGAUGAUACAAGAGGUCCAAAAGGUUUUGCUCGACUUGGACAUGCAACUUAUUAAAAAUAACCAGGCCAAAAAACUUAGUGGAGGACAGAAACGAAAACUGUCAGUUGGAUUUGCAGUUCUUGGGGAUCCAAAGGUAUUACUCUUGGAUGAACCAACAGCUGGCAUGGACCCAUGCUCUCGACAAACAGUUUGGAACCUACUGAAAAACAGAAAAGAUAAUCGAGUGACAGUGUUUAGUACCCAUUUCAUGGAUGAAGCAGACAUCAUCGCAGAUCGAAAAGCUGUGAUUUCCCAGGGGAUGCUGAAAUGUCUUGGCUCCUCUCUCUUCCUUAAAACAAAAUGGGGAAUUGGCUACCGCUUGAGUAUGCAGAUAGACAGGUAUUGUAACACAGAAGGUACAGCAUCUUUAAUCAGACAACAUAUUCCUGAAGCCAGCUUGUUAAAACAAAAUGAAGAACAACUUGUAUUUGCUUUACCUUUCAAAGACAUGGACAAGUUUUCAGCACUGUUUGCUGAUCUAGACAUUCAUUCCCAUUUGGGUGUUGUUUCUUAUGGUGUUUCCAUGACAACUUUGGAGGAUGUGUUUCUCAAACUGGAAGUUGAAGCUGAAACUGAACAAGCAGAUUUUGGUAUUUUUAAUCCUGAGCAAGCUGAAGAGGAAACAGAUGCAAAAUCUGUUGAUGAGUUAGAGCAAAGCCUGCUGAUGCUGUCUGAGACAAAAGCUUGUGCGCUGAGCAAUAAGGCACUUUGGAAAAAGCAAGCAAUCACUAUGGCAAAGGUUCAUUUUCUUAACUUCAAACGUGAUACUAAAUCAAUGACUGAAAUAUUCAUGCUUUUUACAAUAUUUCUGGGUGUUGAGAUUUUUAUUUUUUAUAUGUAUCAACACUACUUCAAACAUGCCAUGGUCCCUCUCAAACUCUCUCCAGACCUAUAUUUCCUUAAACCAAAUGAAACUCAUCAUAAAUACAAAACCAGUCUCCUUGUUCAAAACGUCACUGGCAUUGAUGACAUUAUCAGUGGUCUUAGGAGCCAGAAUAUCCUGACAGAAAUAUUCAGUGGAAGUGAUUAUGUGUCGGUUGCCCCCCAUAAUGGAGCAUUAAAUGUGUCUCAUGCGCGCACGAACUACAUCUUUACAGCUGCUUUUAACCGCUCCAUGAUACAUUCUGUACCUGUUAUGAUAAAUAUUAUUAGCAACCUGUAUCUACACAGUUUAAAUGUAACAGAAAGCAUCAGUGUAUGGAGAAGCUCUUUUUUUGAAAAAAUAGCUGAUCAAGGUUUUGUGACCAUUCUGAUUGUUCAAGGCGUAACUUUAGGAGUCACCAUAACUGGGAUGCCAUCAUAUUUUGCCAUGGAGAAUGCAGAAAACCACAGGAUCAAAGCCUACACUCAACUUAAGAUAUCAGGCCUUUAUCCAUCUGCUUACUGGUGUGGACACGCAAUAGUUGACAUUCCUUUAUACUAUAUUCUUCUUUUUCUGAUGAUGGGAAUCUUGUAUGCUGUUUAUCAUGAUAUUAAUUUUUUUCCUAUAGAGUUUCUUGCUAUGGGUUUUUGCUUUAUUGGCUACGUACCUUCAGUAAUUCUGUUCCAUUAUAUUCUUUCCUUUACCUGCGAAACCAUACAAAACACCAAAGAAUUUUGGUCUUUCAUUUUUUCGGCAGUAGCCUUGAUCUGUAUCAUUGUUACUGAUGUAGCUUUUACUCAAUGGUAUGAAAUAGCUGUUAUAAUUCACACUUGCUUUUGUGUCUUCAUUCCAAUCUAUCCUCUUAUUGGGUGUCUGAAUUCUCUUCUAGAGGUAGUCCAAAAGCUUGGUCAAAAGAUAGAAAGGAGUACAGAUAUAUUGUUGGCAUCAGCAGUAGUGCCUUAUGUUCAAUGUGUGAUUUGGCUCUUUCUUCUGCGCUAUCUUGAGGUCAAACGUGGAGGGAAAUCAAUGAGAAAGGACCCAUUUUGCAGAACUUCUGUGAAACCCCGUCCAUGGAAGUACCAAGAUGUUUCAGAGGAUGAGGAUGAGGAUAAAGAUGUUGUUGCUGAGAGGCUGAGGGUUAAAGAGAUGACAACCUGGCAGAGUGCUGAGGAAAAACCAGCAAUUUUGGUCAACAGUUUGCAUAAAGAAUAUGACGAAAAGACAGAUUUUCUUCUUGGAAGAAAAAUAAAGAAAGUGGCAACAAAUAAUGUCUCUCUGUGUGUCAAAAAAGGGGAAAUAUUAGGAGUGCUAGGUCCCAACGGAGCUGGGAAGAGCACACUGAUUAAUAUUCUAGUGGGAGAAGUAGACCCAACAUCAGGCCAGGUGCUGAUGGGCAAUAAUUCUGCAGGUGAAAAUAACGACAAUAAUUCCAUGAGCUAUAUAGGAUACUGUCCACAAACAAACCCACUUUGGCCCAAUAUCACAUUGCAAGAGCAUUUUGAAAUUUAUGGUGCUAUCAAAGGAAUAAGCACUAGUGACAUGCUAGAAGUCAUAAGAUGCAUCACUAGUGCACUUGAUCUUAAAGAACAUCUACAGAAAAAAGCAAAGAAGCUUGGAGUAGGAAUCAAACGAAAGUUAUGUUUUGCCUUAAGCAUGCUUGGUAACCCUCAUGUUACCCUGCUAGAUGAGCCCUCCACUGGUAUGGAUCCUAUAGGAAUACAGCAGCUAUGGAAAGCAGUUCGAGCAGCCUUUAAAAGUAAACAGAGAGCAGCGAUUCUGACAACUCAUUAUAUGGCUGAAGCCGAGGCUAUAUGUGAUCGAGUAGCUAUCCUGGUGUCUGGAAACUUGAGGUGUAUCGGAACAGUUCAACAUCUCAAGAGUAAAUUCGGCAGAGGUUAUCUCCUAGAAAUGAAAUUAAAAGAAGUGCCAGAUAUAUUGCAGAAGGAGCGUCUUCAGAGGAAGAUUUUGCACAUGUUUCCAAAUGCAAUUUGUCAGAAAAGUUUUGCUUCAAUUUUGGCAUAUAAAAUUCCAAUGGAAGAUGUCCACUCACUUGCACAAUCUUUUUCUAAACUAGAGGAAGCAAAACAUGCCUUUAAUGUUGAGGAAUACAGCUUCUCUCAAGCAACACUGGAACAGGUUUUUGUGGAACUUGUCAAAAAGCAAGAGGAGGAAGACAGCAAUUUUGGAACAUUAAACGGAACAAUUAGUUGGGAACGAUCUCAGGGAGAGCGAGUUGUUUUCUAACCUGUUCUGCAUGCAAGAACAUCAUUUCUCUGUUGUUGCUUUUUAAAGGUGGCAUUUUUGCUGUUUUGGCAUGUUCAGGAAGAAUGAUGAAUUUGAAACAUACACCUGAACAUACACCUUCUUUGCCUUAUUAUUAAUAUUAUAUAUAUUUUUGAAAUCCCUUUAUUUUUUUAAUAUUAUUAUUACUGAUCCAUGAUUUGCUUUUCUAAUGAAAGCUUCCAAUGCCUUUAUCUAGUUGUUUUGUUUGAUAAUGAUAGUAGAAAGAAAGCACUAUGCAAUUUAAUUGUUUAAGGAGAAUUUCUGACUUUCUAUUUUAUAAACUCCUAUUGAAUUUGUGCAGAUAUACAUAAUGUGUAUCCACAUGAUUGGGGAACAGCAACAGGUAAUUGGGUGCAUCUCCAUUUGCAUGGAAUAUAACUCCACAAGCAAGCUAUUCCUGUACGCAAUUUUAUUUAUUUAUUUAUUUAUUUAUUUAUUUAUUUAUUUAUUUUUGUCCCCAAGCUACCUGUCAAAAAUCUUUUCUGGUGUCCAAAACAACAUAGCUUGUGGUACUCAGAGUCCCAUUUGCAGAAGGAAAAAGGAUCCAAAUUACUCAUUAUUUUCUGUGUGUGCUACAUUUUUUUGAAGUCUGAUUUUAAGAUUUGCCUUGAACAAUUACAUAGAAAGAUCAUUUUCUGACAUUGACUUACAGUCUUCCCCAAAAGAACUCUCUUUUAAAGAGCGGUUUGUCCAAUUUCCACCACUGUAUCACAUGCACAUUCAUAUGCCAGUCAAAUGUUAAGAUAAAUUAAUCUCCAGUCAGUUGUGGGUUCAUGUACAUCUUAACUUGUAAUACACCAUUAACCAAAAUACCUACAAAGUAAUUUUAUGCUUCUUUUUAAAAGUUUAUCUUAAAAUAAUUUUGAUGCAAAGCAGUAAUGGAAUUUUCUGUAUGCAUUAGCAUCUCAGUUUGAUGGGUUUUUUUAAAAUAUAAAAUAAAAUACAUACUCUAUUAGGUCAUAUUAUCUGGGCAUGACCUAUAAUAUUACAGGCAAGUUUAGAAUAAUUCGCUUUUCAUCAGCUUGUAAAACAUAUUCUUGCCUAUGUCAGGAGAAAUGUACCUGCACUUUAAGCCACUCUGAAUUACUGCUUAUCAUUCAUUUAUAUCCAAAUGCAUGUCUGGACAUUGUAACCUACUAAAAUAUAUUUUCUUUUGAAGGAUUUAAGCUAUCAUUAUUGGAAAUUGUCACAGUAAAAAACCAACUGUACAGUGCAUGCAGAGAUAUAUUGAAAUAGAGUUUCCCAAGUAAACACUUUUACAAAUGCUAAUCCAGUAACCAAAUGGUUAAAUUUAUCUACAUUCUUAUUAGCAUAUACUGUAUUAUAGCAUUUUAAAACAUUGCAUUGUCUUGAUUAUAUUUGCUGAGCUUCAACAUACAGGAUCUAUUAUAUAUGCAGUAAGCAAACCUCUUGGCAUUCAAGGUCUUAUAUAUUAUGUCUGUCUAAAUAUGGAUCCAAUCCAAAAAUAUUUAAUGCAAAUCGUGGUCUGUGAAAAAAUUGCAAUAUCAGAAGGAUUUCCACACAUGUUAGGCUGAAGUACAUUAAACCAGACCAUUUUUAAAAUACUGUAACUAUAUGACUGAUGAGUAGUGUAGCCAGUGCAGCACAUGUGCAUCAUAUUUGAUAUUGUACAACUUUCUGCAGAUUCUUCUGGAUCUAAGUCUGAUUCAUUUCAAUAGAACUUCAUCCUGUAUGAAUGUUACAGCUGACAAAUGAUUACAAAUGAUUAUUCAUUAUUAGUUGGCUAAUAUCUAAUACAAAAUAUUAGGACAACUUCCAAACAACAGGGGGGGGGGGGGAAUCAGCACAAGAUCUCAAGCUAUUCAGAGAAUUCUAAAAACCUAUUGGAACAGUGGCUCUUGACUAACCUAAAAGACAACAGAGGAAGGUCCAUUUGCAGUCUCACCAGAGGAGCUGAAAGCAAGGGACUGGCAAAUUAACCAUUUGUAAGUUGUUUGGGGAAACUUUAGAGCUGAAGGGUGGGAUAUGAAUACCCUAAUAGAGAAGGGCCCUUGUGCAUGUUAUAUCAUGGUUAUGUGCCUAAUACUGUUCACAGUUAUUAUUGCACAUGGAGUGUGGUGAUGGGAUACAACUCAACAGUUCAGCAUUGCACAUUUUUAAUACAGAAUUCAGAUUUAUUAAUAGUCUGCUGAGCCUCAAAAGAAACAUGACUUAGGCUGGCCUAAGGUCAACUCAGGCAAAUAACUACUUUGAUCUCUGUAGCAUGCCUUCUGUUUCUAAUUCUAACUGUAUGGACAAGGGACUGUUCUUUAGGAUAUAUAAUAAAAACUUU